AUGGGAAUUGAGGAUAAUUCACAGCAACCCAACACUGGUAGCCCAUAUGGACAAUCACCACCAUCACAAUAUAAUCCAUAUGGACAACAACCACCACAACAACAACAAUAUAAUCCAUAUGGAGAACAACAACAGCAACCACAACAACAACAACAAUAUGGAUACCAACCACAAUUUCAGCCUACAUAUCAACAACCACCACCACAACCACAAUAUUAUAGUCAAGCACAAAUGCCAUUUCCCCCACAACAACAACAACCACCACCAAUUACAAAUUUAAAUAAAGCAAAUGACCGUGAAUCAUUAAUUGGUGGUGUUGGUGGUGGUGGUAUACCACCAAAUAAUAAUCAAACAAUGGUUGGUAGUUAUAAUGAAGGUGAAACCAAAUUUGCACCACCAAAAUAUCAAGAUAUUUGGUUUUCAAUUUUAUUUGGGUUAAAUUUUGGUUUAUUAAUAGUUGUUUCAGCAUCAGCAUUUGCCAAAACCCCUUAUACAUACUAUGAUAGUAAUUAUUACGAUAAUACAUCUGGUGGUUCAUUUGGUUUCCUAUUUGCAAUCUUACCAUUUACAAUUGUAUUUUCACUUCUUUACAUUUGGGCAUGGUUAAAGUUAGCAGCCAAUCAUGCAGAAUCAUUAAUUAAAUACUCCUUUUUUGGAGCCAUGGGAUUAAUGAUUGGUUAUUGCGUAUUCUUUUUCGUUUGGGGUGCUAUUUACUUGGGUAUAAUCUUUGCAAUUAUGGCAUUCUUUAUCAUUUUAUUCUACAUUUCAUGCCGUUCACGUAUACCAUUCACUGCCACUUUAUUAUCAAAUGCAGUCGCCAUCAUUAAAGAAUAUCCAUCAGUCAUUAGAGCAGGUUACGUUUCAAUAUUUAUCAAUUUCGUUUGGUUCAUCGUUUGGGGUAGUGCUUUUGCUAGAGUCAAUAUGGUUUACACUGGUGCAAUUCAAACUUGUAUCAACAUUUACUUGGUUUUCACAUUGUAUUGGGUAUUCCAUGUCAUAAAGAAUACCCUACAUACAACUGUUAGUGGUUUAUUGGCAACUUGGUAUUUCUGUUCAGGUCCAAACGGUGUAGGUAUGCCACAUAAUCCAACACUUGGCUCCGCUAGAAGAGCUUUAACCACUUCAUUUGGAUCAAUUUGUUUUGGUUCUUUAAUCAUCUCACUCAUUGAAACUCUAAGAUACCUUAGUCAAAUGAUGAUCAAUAAUAGAAAUGUUGUUGUAAAGAUUAUCGGUUACAUAUUUAAUUGUAUCCUUUCAAUGUUAUCAUCGAUCGUACAAUUCUUUAAUACCUAUGCAUUCACUCAUGUCGCCAUAUAUGGCAAAUCAUUUUGUGAUUCUGCAAAAUCAACAUUUACAAUGUUUGAAAAUCGUUUAGGUUCAACAAUUAUCAAUGACAACUUUGUUGGUACAACCAUUGCCAUCGGUGGUUUAGUUGCAUCUCUUUUAUUAUCAAUUUUGGGUGCUCUAAUUUCAAUUCCAUUCGAUAUGUCAGUCUAUGGUGGUGCAUUAGCUUUAUUCAUUGGUUACUUGGUUAUCAUUACAAACUUGGAAGUAGUUUAUAGUUCAACAAUAUCAUUAUUUGUUUGUUAUGUUAUGGAACCAGAAGUUUUAGCUCAUACAAAACCACAAUUGUAUCAACUCUAUUCUUCAACUUAUCAUUUAAGAUAA